GUAUUCACAUCUUUUCUAUUUUCCCUGUAUAUUAUUUUUGUCUGUGCUCUUCUCUGCCCCACCCCCCACUUACUGUUUUAUUAUCAGAAAAUAGAUGCCAUGGAUGUUUGGGAAGACCUCACUGAACUUGGUUAUCAUCUUGCCGAAUUACCAGUAGAGCCACACCUUGGUAAAAUGGUGCUGUGUGCUGUUGUUUUGAAGUGCCUGGAUCCCAUUCUCACUAUUGCUUGCACUCUUGCGUAUCGAGAGCCUUUUGUUCUACCUAUGGUGGCCUCUCAAAAGCGUGCAGCUAUGCUGUGCAGAAAACGUUUAGCUGCAGGAACAUUCAGUGACCAUAUGGUGCUCCUCAGGGCUUUCCAGGCAUGGCAGAAGGCACGAAGUGAUGGCUGGGAGAGGGUCUUCUGUGAAAAAAACUUUGUUUCUCAAGCUACAAUGGAAAUCAUCGUAGGCAUGAGAACAGAGUUACUUGGUCAGCUUAGAGCUUCAGGUUUUGUCAGAGCCAGAGGAGGUGCUGAUAUUAGAGAUGUUAAUGCUAACUCUGAAAACUGGGCUGUGGUUAAAGCUGCCUUAGUGGCUGGGAUGUACCCCAAUCUUGUGCAUGUGGACAGGGAAAACCUGGUUUUGACAGGCCCAGAAGAGAAGAAAGUGCGAUUUCAUCCUACGUCUGUUCUUAGCCAGGCUCAGUAUAAAAAGAUUCCGCCAUCAAAUGGGCAAGCUGCAGCUGUUCAGGCACUCCCUACUGACUGGCUUAUAUAUGAUGAAAUGACAAGAGCUCGCAGGAUAGCAAAUAUCAGAUGUUGUUCAGUUGUAACACCUGUCACUGUGGCACUCUUCUCUGGACCAGCUAGGUUACCACAUAAUGCUUUGGAAGAGCCUUUGUCCUUUCGAGGAAAUAGGGUAGCUAAUGAUGACAGCGAUAGUGGGAUGGAGGACGAAAGAUCCAAUGUGGCACUACUGAAGCUGGAUGAAUGGCUCCAUUUCAAAUUGGACUCUGAAGUUGCUGGUUUGCUGAUGCAACUCAAACUCAAGUGGCAUAGCUUACUUCUGCGCCGAAUGAGAGCUCCUUCUAAACCUUGGUCUCAAGCUGAUGAAAUAACUAUAAGAACAAUUGUAUCUGUUCUAAGUACUGAAGAACAGUUUGCAGGAUUGCUGCAGCCUUCAGGAGUUGGUCAGAGGCCAAGGCCUGUUUCUUACAAUGAACUUCCUUCAGCACCUACCUGGAGGUCAGCCAGCACCUCAGCAGAAAAUGAAUUAUCUGAUGAUUCCUCUAACGCUGAAAAAGUUCUGAGGAAGUCUGCACAUCCAGCAUUUCAUCAGCCAAGGAGAUACAAAGAAAAAAAUAUUUUGUCUUCCAAACGAACAUCAGAUGAGAAGUCAGAUCAGUCAUCAGUGAAAUCUACAGGCAGCAGUUCCUGUCCUAGCCCACGUGCUAGUCCUUCUCCAAUGUCUGGAAAGGAGCUGGACCCGCAAAUUGGAGAGCAGUUGCUCCAGCUCUGGGAUCAUCCUACUUCAGCAGGAAAAAGCUCAACUGACAACGUAAAGUAAUAAAAUAGCACCCUGGGUGUCAGAAAUUACUUAAAGCCAGAAAUGUGCCUCCAGUAAGAAGAUGAGGAAGAGGAUGGUGCAACAAGGCCUGAAAGUGUUAGUGAUGCUGUGCAGCUGGCACUGGAAGAGUAAAAGGAAAUAAAGUGGACUGUAAUAUUUUUCAUGUAUUAACAAAAAUCUUAACGUUGUUCACCCGCCUGAUUUCAAGUGAAUUAUUUUUUUCUGAAGUAAAUAUUUAGUGUGUAGGUGAUUUUCAGAAAUAGGGUUAAAUUAAGAACAAAACCUGCAAUUGUGCUUACUGAGUUUUAAAUGGCACAGCAAGUACAGUUUGAACUGUUGAAGUACACAGUUACGUUCAAAGCUUUUUCAGCAUGAGUGGUAAAGAAACCAGUGUUUCUAAUAAUUGGUCUUGUGGGUUGUUGAAAUUGAACAAAUUUCCUUUACUAAAACGAAUGAAAGAUUUCCUUAAGAAUUAGUUGACGUUCCAUGUGAGAAAUCAAUAUGUAUUCAUACAAACAAUUGAGCAGCUGGAGAAUAUAGAAGUUCACUGAAAUAUGUAAAUCAAAGGGAGUGUGAGACUCCUUUGAGAGUUGUCUUGUUUGAUGUCUGCUCCCAGUUUGUAGUUUUACACCUUGUUAACGAUGAGCGUAGUUUACUAAGUCUCAGUUGCGUGGUAAUGGGUGAAAGUCUAUAGGGCCCCACUGUGGGCAUUCUUAGGAGGGGAUUUGGGUUCAUUAAAGAAAUAACUGCCAGCACAGCUUUCUUUGAUUACCGAGUUUCUCUUUACAGGUUAAGUUCUUGCUGUGUAAGAUUAGUGUCAAUUCACUCUAUUUGCUGUCAGCACGAUGUUUGUAGUUGAUGUUAAAAUAAACACAGAGCGUUUUCUGCCUCUGA